CCCGGCCUCCCCGGGCUCCGGACACCUGGAGGAGGGGACGCAGCCGGGCGGGGCCCGGGGGUCGCCCAGGCCGGGGCUCACCCCCCCCCCCCUCAGACCCCCGGCUCCUCCACCGUCCCCAAGCCCCCCAGAGCCUUCGCACCCGAGCCGCAUGAACACCAUCCAGCCAGGAUCCAGGGAGCAGGAGUGCAGGUGAUACGCUAACCAUGAAUGGGUGCUGCCCAGCCGUCAGCCUGCGCUGUGUCUCCAGGGACAGCACGAUGUCCGCGCCCAAGGGCCCCCGCUUCCUCCUGACCUUUGACUUCGACGAGACCAUCGUCAACGAGAACAGCGACGACUCGAUCGUGCGGGCGGCGCCGGGCCAGCGGCUCCCGGACAGCCUGCGGGCCACCUACCGCGACGGCUUCUACAACGAGUACAUGCAGCGGGUCUUCUCCUACCUGGGCGAGCAGGGCGUGGCGCCGUCGGACCUGUGCGCCAUCUACGAGGCCAUCCCCCUGUCCCCGGGCAUGCCCGACCUCUUCCAGUUCCUGGAGUGUCACCGCGAGGCCUUCGAGGUCAUCCUCAUCUCGGACGCCAACACGUUUGGCGUCGAGUGCUCCCUGAGGGCGGCCGGGCACCUCGACCUCUUCCGCCGGGUCUUCAGCAACCCGGCGGGCCCGGACGGGCACGGGGGGCUGGUCCUGCGCCCCUUCCACCAGCACGGCUGCGCCCGCUGUCCAGCCAAUAUGUGCAAGCACAAGGUUCUGGGUGACUACCUAAGGGAGCGGGCCCAGGCCGGCGUGCAGUUCGAGAGGCUCUUCUACGUGGGCGACGGCGCCAACGACUUCUGCCCGUCGGAGCUGCUGGCGGGCCCGGAUGUGGCCUUCCCCCGGCGUGGCUACCCCAUGCACCGGCUGAUCCAGGAGACCGAGAAGCAGCGGCCGGGCUCCUUCCGCGCCGCCGUGGUGCCAUGGGAGUCGGCCGUCGAGGUGCGGCUGCAUCUUCAGGGAGCGCUGCGCGCGUGCUGAGCAGGGGACCCGGCCACAAGUGACCGAGCGAGGGAUCGAGGCCCUCUCCGGCCUGUACGACCCCCACCACCCCCAGGGACUGGGUGACCCAUCUGACCUUCACGGCCUCCAAGGGUCAGGCUGGCCCUCUCCGGCCUGUCCGGCCCCCAUGACCCCCGGGGACCGGGCGGACUGUCUGACCCCCUCGACCCCUGGGGACAGGAUGAUCUUCCCUGGCCAGUCCGACCCCCGGGGACAGGAUGACCCUCACCAGCCCGUCCUACCUCCACGACUCCUGGGGUCAGGCUGCCCCUCCCCGGGCCAUCUGACCCCCAGUGAAUCCGAGGCCGGCUCGGCCACCUUUUCUAUGCAGUUUUAGCCCAGGGGUCGAUCCGGGGAGGGGGCACCAAUCCGGGGUGUGGGGCGGGGACGGCGGGGGCAUCACCAGCGCUUCCAACACCUCCCCUGCCCCCGUUGAGGUCGCCACUCUCAGCCCUGUUGGCCAAGGCCCGGCCUGGUUGGGAUUACCUGCUUUUUGCCCCAUGUGGGGGAUCAGGGGAGGGGGCUCUGGGGAGACGGUACCCCCCCACCUUGGGAAGGGAACGGACUGGGGUCAUGUCCCCCACCCCCUGACACCUCCCUCCACCCGCCUAACUGCCUAGCCUGGCCACAACCCCCGCCCCACCUCACCGAGGGGUUCGUGGUGACCCCGACUCUGGUGAUAUCAGGUACUGCCCGGCACCCACCUGGACCUCCCCCCCCAGGGGAAUUGCAGCCGAAAAUCUCCCCUCUUCUGCCCCCCUCAAAUUCUGGGGGGCGGGGGCGGGCGAGAUUCAACAAGGUCUUCCCCACCCUCCCUCGCCUGCAGAGGCCUGCAGUGAGAGACCAGCAACAUAACCAAAGCGGCCCCCGCCCCCCAACCUCGACCCCUGUCCCCCACCCCAUCUGACUGUGGAAGCGAAGCCAUGCUCUCCUCGGCCCCGCAGUAAAGGAGU